CCCGGACCCGACCCGUCUACGCCCCUUCAGCUUCACAAUUAAGAUCACAAUCUGCGUUUCACAACUCCGCACAAGAACGGGACAGCAAAACCCAGAAGCCUCCUCCCGCAAGAACAUGGCGGAGAAAUUGGCUCCCGAGAAGCGCCACAGCUUCUUCCAUGGCGGUCAGAAGGUGUUCGAAUGGGAUCAAACCCUAGAAGAGGUCAACAUCUAUAUUACGCUGCCUCCCAAUGUCCCCACAAAGCUAUUUUACUGCAAGAUCCAGUCCAAACAUGUCGAAGUCGGCAUCAAAGGCAACCCUCCUUAUCUCAACCAUGAUCUCAGUUGCCCGGUGAAAACUGACUCUUCAUUUUGGACUAUAGAGGAUGACACCCUGCAUGUUACCCUUCAGAAGAGGGAUAAAGGGCAGACAUGGCAGUCGCCUAUAUUGGGUCAGGGACAGCUCGAUCCUUAUUCCGCCGAACUUGAACAGAAGCGUCUUAUGCUUCAAAGAUUUCAAGAAGAGAACCCAGGAUUUGACUUCUCACAGGCGCAAUUUGCAGGAAACUGCCCUGAUCCAAGGACAUUCAUGGGCGGGAUCAAAUCUGAUUGAAUUGUCAGACUUUGUAUACUUGAAUUAACAUAGACAUGGACCCUUUUAAAUGUUUUAUGAAAUCAUCUUUUAAAUGCUUUAGCGUUUAAGCCGCUUAACCUUGGAUGCGGACCUUACAGUGUACAUGCUGCAGUGUACCGAGCCAUGCUUGGUGUAUGUUAAUGGUGUAUCCUUCACUCGAACUGCCUGAUAAUAGGCACUCUCAUUCAUAAUGGAAUGGAUCGGGUAAAUCUUGUCGUGCCUUCGGAACAUAA